AUGUCCAUCAACGGAGUAGUCUUGAAGCAUAACUACUCAAAGUACUUUUCGUCUAACGAGUUACCUUUUGAAGUCAGCAGUGAUGGUUUGGAACUACUAAAAUACAAAACACACACGUCGAGACAAACAUUGUCGAUUGCACUGAAUAACAGCAACUCGCAGUCAAAACUAAAGAUAACUGCACAGGACGGGUACCUAUAUCUCACCACCAAAAGAUUGGUAUUCAUCACAGCUAAGCAAGGCGAUGUCGAAUCAUUUGUGUUGGACUUAACAUUAGCGCCGAUUUUGCAGUUGAGCCACAAGUUGAAAGCGCCUUGGUUUGGAGUAAACUACUGGGAAUUCAUGUUUUACAGUGCCAAAGAGCCAAGCAUAGUUAGUGAUGGUUUCCCGAAGAAUGAGUUUUUCAAAGGUGAAAUUUACUUUCAAGAUGGUGGUUUAUUCGAUUUUGUCGAAGCGCUCAAUACAGUUGUGAAUGAUGUGGUCAACAAUCGAGAGAUUGACGACGAGCUCCCAGCGUAUAGUGCUGCUGCUGCUACUACUAUGUAA